UCUCUGGCAGCGAACAACAAUCCUCAGCUUCGCUUACCAGGGUUAUUACUGGCCGAGGCUGCCGCCUGCAAAAGAGGCUUUGGCAGCCCCCUCGUGUCCUUCUUCGAAAAGGGCAGCUGGCUCGUCCCGGAGGACACUGCAGAGAGGGAGAGCGUGGGCAAAGCGGCUGCGAGCGCCCCGGGCGGGAAGAAACCUCUUGCUCUUUGCUUUCCUGAAGCGAACUUGCCUUCGGCAUCAUGCAUAGCCAAGGGACGCCGAGGCAGAACGAGGAUUAAGGCGGGAAAAGAGGCGCGGUGGAGUGGCUGGGCAGGGCGGGGCGGCGCUGGGAGCUCAUCCUUCUCCUAACGGGAGCGCCCCAGGCAAGGGGCAUCGCCGCGCCGACCGAAAGAAGCUCCUCGCCGGGAUCCUGUGCAGGUUAGAAGCCGAGCGCCAUGGAAGGGAGCCCGAUCCCGGUGCUGACCAUGCAAACGGUCCCGUACGAGGACCAGAAGCCGACGGGCGGCGGCGGGCUCAGGAGGCCCACCGCGGUCUUCGAGGGCCAGCGCAAUUACUUGCCCAACUUCAUCCAGAGCCUGCUCUCCUCCAUCGACCUGCGCGACCGCCAGGGCUGCACCAUGGUGGUGGGCAGCGACGGCAGGUACUUCAGCAGGACGGCCACCGAGGUGGUGGUGCAGAUGGCGGCAGCUAACGGGAUUGGAAGAUUGAUUAUUGGGCAGAAUGGCAUUUUAUCCACUCCUGCUGUGUCCUGCAUUAUCAGAAAGGUCAAAGCUGCUGGCGGGAUUAUUCUCACAGCUAGUCACUGUCCUGGAGGACCUGGAGGAGAAUUUGGAGUAAAGUUUAACAUUGCCAAUGGAGGUCCAGCUCCAGAUGUUGUUUCUGAUAAAAUUUAUCAGAUCAGCAAAACCCUUGAAGAAUAUGCCAUUUGCCCUGAUUUGAGAAUUGAUUUGUCUCGGUUGGGAAGACAGGAGUUUGAUCUGGAGAAUAAAUUCAAGCCUUUCCGGGUUGAGAUAGUGGACUCUGUGGAGGUUUACCUUAAUCUUCUGAGGACCAUCUUUGAUUUCAGUUCUAUUAGAGGCUUGCUAACAGGGCCAAAUCAACUUAAGAUCAGAAUUGAUGCCAUGAACGGAGUGAUGGGUCCCUAUGUCCGGAGAAUCCUGUGUGAGGAAUUGGGAGCUCCUGCUAAUUCUGCAGUUGAUUGUGUCCCUCUGGAAGAUUUUGGUGGCCAGUACCCUGAUCCAAACUUAACAUAUGCCACUUCCUUGUUGGAAGCAAUGAAAGGAGGAGAGUAUGGAUUUGGAGCUGCAUUUGAUGCUGAUGGGGAUCGUUACAUGAUUCUGGGUCAAAAUGGAUUUUUUGUUAACCCUUCUGAUUCCCUGGCCAUUAUUGCAGCAAAUCUCCAUUGCAUUCCAUAUUUUCAUCAAAUGGCUGUGAGAGGGUUUGGUAGGAGUAUGCCUACCAGCACUGCCUUGGACAGGGUUGCAAAAUCAAUGAAAGUACCUGUAUAUGAAACACCGGCAGGUUGGAGGUUCUUCUCAAAUCUGAUGGAUUCUGGUCGAUGCUCUCUCUGUGGAGAAGAAAGUUUUGGCACUGGAUCUGACCACAUCCGAGAGAAAGAUGGACUUUGGGCUGUUUUAAUUUGGCUCUCAAUUAUGGCAGCUCGAAAGCAGGGCGUGGAGGAAAUUGUUAGAGAUCACUGGACAAAAUUUGGCCGUCACUAUUAUUGCAGAUUUGAUUAUGAAGCACUGGAUCCUAGAAUGGCAUACUACAUAAUGAGAGACCUGGAAGCCUUGAUCACUGACAAAUCUUUCACUAAUCAACAGUUUGCUGUUGGAAGCCAUGUUUACACUGUGCAGAAAGCAACUAACUUUGAAUAUGUGGAUCCCGUAGAUGGCACUGUGACCAAAAGACAGGGGUUGAGGAUUAUAUUCACUGAUGCUUCCAGACUCAUCUUUAGAUUAAGUGCUUCAAGCCAUGUGCAAGCCACCCUUAGAAUCUAUGCGGAGAGCUAUGAAAAAGAUCCCAGCAAACAUGAGAGGGAGCCACAGGCGGUUUUGAGUCCACUCAUCGCCAUUGCACUGAAAUAUCUCAGAUUCAUGAGGAGGACAGGUCGUAAGGGUCCUACUGUCAUCACCUGAAGGAUAAUUGCUGACUCAGGGCCAAACCCGGGAGGACAAGGAAGAAUGAAGACAUUGCUCAAAUACACCAGUUCUUUGUGCCUUAUUUUAGUUUAAGGGCUUGGGGUCAGUUGGGAGGGAAGUGAAUGGACAAAAUUUAUUUUGAGUUUCCUUAUUAAGAAAAAUGUGCACUUGUCUCUUAUAGCUUCAGCAUCUUCUUGUGAUGCAGAUAAGCAAAACCAGGGCUUUCUCUGAAUAAUACCAAGAUUUAUUUAUAAGAGAUUUUUUUAAAAAGAUUCCUGUGUUUUGCAUUUGCAAGGCAAAAAUAGGCUACAUGUUUUCUUAGGCUAGAGCUGGCUGCAAAACAUAGAUUUUUGAUGAUAGUGUUUUAUGACUCUCUCAUCAUAAUUUAAAAAGAAAGCACUCUUACGAUAGUCAAGAACAUUUUUAAGAGUCCAAAACCAAUUUAUUAUUCUUUUUUUGCCUUAUUUUCUAAAUCCAUCUGGGAGUUAUGAUGGAUUGAUUUUGAAUUAAAAUGUAAUAGAUCUCUUAUUUUAGAUAGUUGAAGUCCCAGAGGGUGGAACAACCUAGAACAGGGGUGUCAAACUUGCAGUCCACAGGCCGGAUAUGUCACGCGCAGGUCACGUCCACCUCAGCUCUGUGAAUGGGAAAAAUGUCACGUGACGGCAACAUGACGCUGCAAGUUUGACAUCCGUGAACUAGAAUAUCAGUUACUUUGUCCUUUCUUUGGGCUGUUAGAAAGCAUUUGUGUAAUACAAUGAACCACAAACUAGGCAAUCACAUUUUAGCCUAGUGACUUUGUGACACUUGUCUGUGUGGUUAAUUCAGUGAUUUCUACAAAUUUGGAUUUAUUAAGUAAACUAUGAGUUAAUGAUGAGUAGGUUCAUGUUGUGUGACCAUUGCCAUUGAAUCCAGUGCAGCUCACCAGCAGAAUCUGCAGGUGGGGCUAUUUUAAUCAAUGAGGUUACAAAUAUGUAGCCCAGCAGGUAUAUUUGGAAUUAGGUCCCCCUGAGUGCCAAAAAAAAAUGUAAAUGUUAAAUAUGCCUAAUUCUGCAGCUUUAUCCUGAAAUUUUAGUUAGCUGAUUAUCUUUUUCAAAGCAUAUUGGCAACUGCCACUCCUAAUUUCUCAGCUCAAGUUUUAAGACUAAUGACUACAUUUGUAUGCACCAGCUGUUACAUUUAUCACACUUUAUGUAACUAAAUCCUACAUAUUUAAAUGGAAAAACAAAAAGUUACCUUGCAGCAAUCUGUUUGGCAAACAGCUUUCAUGUUUUGUUCAUGUCUCCUGUUACUCAUAAAUACCAUCACCAGCAUAACUGGUUUGUGUGUGGUCUCUCUGCUUGUAUCUUAAAAAUGGGAGUGUUUUUCUAUUUAUUUCCUCAACCACCUUCUAUUCAGAUUCAGCUCUAUGCAGCUUCAGUUUAAGGAAAAUACCUUUUUGCUGUUAGAUUUGUAUUUUGUAUUUAUCUCCUGCUGUGGGGCUCUCUUGACAAUGAUCUCUCUCCUUUUGUUUUUUUAGAAGUAAAUUUAUUUCCCUCUCACUCUCCUGUGCAUGUUCACUACCACUCUCUCAUACAUAAACACUUUAAUUAAAAUUAAUUUAAUUCAAAAUCUUUUAAAAAUAGCUUUCAAGAUACAUUUAAGUUCCACUUUUGAAAAGGGCUAAUAAUCAUAGUAGAAUUGUAACUUUUAUACAGAUGAUCAGCUGAUUUUUAAAAAGAAACACCAAACACUAGAGACAGUGGAAGAGGCAGUAAAAAAGCAAAAAAGGAAGCCAUUCCUCUCCCACCCAGUACCCAGAUAAGCAGGCAUUAACAUCAGACAAACAAUCCAGCAGAAAACAAUAUCCUAAUCAAGUAAAUACCAAGCAGAAAACCACAUCCCCACCAGAGGUGGGUUGUUCCCGGUUCGGGCUACAUUGGGAGAAUCGGUAGUAGCGGCGACGGGAGGCUCUGCCCACCCACCUGGACACUUCUGCGCAGAAACAUUGCACGCGAGUGUGCCCAAACCGAUAGUAAAAAAAUUGGCAACCCACCACUGAUCCCCACCAACCCUUGCUGGGCAAGUUACUAUAUGAACAGGCAGAAAACCCACUCACUAAUGAUGAUGGUGAUGAUAAUGUUAUCUAUUUGGCUAAUGAAAUGUCUGCAAGCAGAGAUGACCAAGAACUCCACAAAUGUAUGAAUUUGGAUAAGGUGAAGGGAAUGGGUCUAUGUGGUGUGUUUCAUUGUCAUGCACUGAUUAUAAUAAUUCAAAAGUUGGAAAAGUUUUUGGUUACUGCAAAUGUGUGAUACAUUUAGUGACAUAGGUGACAUAAUCUGUCUUUUAAGGACUGUAUGCCUUACAUACCAUAGUUGGGGAUCCAUAGUGGUUUAAUUCUUUUGUUUGAGAAUAUGACUCGACAACUAGGAUUCUGCUACUCAAUCCAUCCUCCCAUAACAUCAAAUAUUUAAAUGUUGUGCUAUGUUGGAAGUUUAAGAUUCUUGCUUCUAUAUACUUCUUAUCAAUAUAUCUGAAACAUUACAUCACAAACAAUUUUUAAAGAACCAUUCCUCCUUUACAGCAGAUGAUUUCCUCAACUUUGAAAAUAGUAUUUUGGAUCUUUUCAAGCUAAAGCAGAAGAAAAUCUGGGUUGUUGUUGUUUUUUAAAUCUAAAACAAGGGUGCCCAA